AUGUUACUUAUUCCCCCAGAUCCCCAGAUCACUAGCCGUAGGUUCAGUCCACCGCUCCUUGGUAAGACCAGAGAUGGGACAGUGGGAGUGACAGCUCAGCAUGAGGAGAGUGGCCCCCAGAGUACAGAGGACAUUCCUGCUGAGUUCAGGCCCACCGACAGCCCCAACUUUCUGGUGUCAAGCCUCCCUGCACACUGGCGUUGCAACAAGACUCUGCCACGUGCCUUCACGGUGGUUGCCCUGGGUGAUGUAAGUGAUGGUGUUCUAGUCACGGUGAUGGCAGGGAAUGAAGAGAACUGUUCAGCUGAGCUACGGAACGCCACCACGCUGAUGACAUCACACACAGCACGCUUCAAUGACCUCCGCUUUGUAGGACGCAGUGGGAGAGGUAAAAGCUUUAAUCUGACCAUAACCGUGUUCACCAGUCCUCCCCAGGUGGCCACGUACCACAGAGCUAUCAAAGUCACUGUAGAUGGACCUAGAGAGCCACGCCGUCACAGGCAGAAGCUAGAGGUGGGUCCAAAAACAGGGCUUUUCAGGGUUGCCAUGCCGAUGCAGAGUCUCCGCCCCCUCAACAACCUCACCAACCCUCCAACAAGAGAACCACUGGCCUCUCAGGUAGGCAUACAUGAUGUGCCCUCUGACCCUGUGUGCGUCUGUUUUCCAGGUGUGUGUGAGCUGGCUGCUGGGUUUGAUCGCCCGUUUCCCCCCCUCUCUUCAUUCUCGUCCACUCCCAGAAUGCACUUCUCGUCCUUCCCUUACUCCGUCACCCCCCCUCCACCCCCGUACCUCCCCCCACCUUUCCCCACGCUCACCCCCCAUUCCCACAGUGGACUCUUCCAGCCCAGCAGCAGCCCCAUCCUCUACUAUGGAGCCUCUGCUGGGACCAACCACUACAUCUCACUGCCAGAGGGGGACAGGACAAACCACUUUACCUCUGGGCCGGGAGGAGACCAGGCCCCCACUGCCGCGCUGGCCAAUCAAACAGAGGGUAGGGGGGAGGAGCCUGUGUGGAGGCCAUAUUGACUCGGACAGGAUGGUGCAAUCAAUCAAUCAAGAAUCAAUCAAUCAAGAAUCAAUCAAUCAAGAAUCAAUCAAAACCUGAUGGUUAGUGCUUUACGCCUGUGUCUUUACAUUUAUAUUUGUUCCCAUGAAUAAUACUAAGACUACGUAGCUCUAUGUGUGUGUUUUAUGAACUCGUACAAAAUGUACCUUUGAGUUUUAUGGUUAU